AAAGUCAAGAUUUGCAAAAAGACGAAAAAGCCCCUUAUAUUUUGAUUUUCCAGUAUUUUUACUCCAACAUUUCACGGAUUCGUCACUGCGAAUUCUUCCGAUUUCUUCACAAUUUCACGUGAGAGAGAGAUAAUGGAAGUAGGAUCUGCAACGAAGAAACUUCAGUGCCAACGUAUUGGCUGCAACGCCAUGUUCUCCGAUGAUGAUAAUCCUCAAGGUUCUUGUCAAUUCCAUGCUUCCGGACCAUUUUUUCACGACGGAAUGAAAGAGUGGAGCUGCUGCAAGCAAAGAAGUCAUGAUUUCAGUUUGUUCUUGGAAAUUCCAGGAUGUAAAACUGGUAAACACACAACUGAGAAACCAGUCCUGGCCAAACCGGCUCCAAAACAUCCUGUUGCGGCUCCUACUUCAUCUCCAGAUGCCAAUGCAGCAACAAAAGGCUCUUGCUCCAGAUGCCGGCAAGGCUUCUUCUGCUCAGACCAUGGCUCCCAACCCAAAGAGCAGACCAGGCAGACCCUAAACACCCCGGUACAAGCAGAAGAAGAGAAGAUUGAAUCCUUAGCACCUCCAAUUAAAAAGGUUGUUAUAGACAUCAAUCAACCGCAAGUCUGCAACAACAAAGGAUGUGGAAAAACAUUCAAAGAGAGAGACAAUCACGAGACUGCUUGUAGCUAUCAUCCAGGUCCUCCGGUCUUCCACGACAGACUGAAAGGAUGGAAAUGCUGUGAUGUUCACGUGAAUGAGUUCGACGAGUUCAUGGAAAUACCUCCUUGCACUAAAGGUUGGCAUAGCAGCAGCCCCGAUCAGGCGGUCUGAUAUUUUUUUAUCCUGAGAUUUUGAAUACAAAGAUUAAUUAUGUCUUUUCAUGUUCUAUUUGGUUUAUGGAAUUCUACUUUAGAUUUUUGAUAGAACAUUUCAAUUACAGAUAUAUGUAAUGGUUAAAUGCUCAUCUAAUAUGUGUUAGAGAAAGUUUUGGAUCAUGAUUGUGGGUUUGAUUGUUAUUUUAAAAACUGUGAGAUCUUUAAAUAA